AAACAAACAAAAAAACAUUCAGCUAAAUUUGAAGAAUUAUGGUUUAGUUUGUUAUCUUUCGGGUGUAGUGUGAAAAGGUGUUUCAUGUGAUGCGAUGGGUUACUCUAUUGCUAUGGCAACAGCUAACGGUCGCAUAAGAUGAACAGAUAGACUGCAAUGAUGCCAAAUGCCGAAUCCUUUCGUCUCACAGGUGACAAGGAAAAGCCCGUGGUAGUAACACAUCAUGUCUAUAACAGCCAAACGAUGUGGGAUUAAGUUUGAUCCACCUUCAGUAAUCCUCAUAUAUGAAAAUGAACAUAUAAACAAGUUGCGUAAACGAGUAAUGCCAGUGAGGAGCUUUUCACAAUACUCAGACUGCAGGAGGGCUGCAGAGAGACUGAAGCAUCAUCCUCGUCAUGGACAUUACCUGGACUCAGUGUCACUGGAGCAGCUGGUGAGGUUACACACGGUACUCCGGGAUCACCUGCGAGGUCUCAGUGUGGAGGAGAGUCUGAGAGAACAACGCCGCUCUCAUACAGACGACGAAGAUCUCAACAAGGUCAGUGACGAGGAACUGAAGCGACGCAAAGCAGAGAUGGACAUUCUGUUCGAGCUCAACCGGCGCCGCAAAGACGAACCAGACUUUGUAUAUGACCUCGAGGUGGAAUUUCCUGAAAACAGCGUACGGGAAACCUGCAGCUGGGACCAAUCUGAUGAAGAGUUUUGAGGAGUAUGUAGUAGUACAGCUCCAGGGUCUCGUAUGAAGUUUCAUGUAUUUUUGAUGUAUCGUGGCCAUGGGGGUUUCCACAGAGUUCUUCAGUUUCCUUCUACCUCCCAAAAACAUGCCCGUAGGUGGCUAGUUAAAUAUUUAUUUUUUAAAUAUUAUGUAACAUCUAUUCCACAUAUCUGUUAAAUAUCAUAACAAAUAGCACAGAAACAAAACUGGAUGAUCUAAUAAAGUGAAAUAUUCAGGUAGUACAACAGCAGUGUAGCUUCAACGACAAACUGCUUAAGCACACAUUGAUUCUUUUGUCAGCUUUUCAAAACUUUUUUUUUUACUACUGAAAACAAUAAGAUGCUGUAUUUAUACAAAAAAGGCAGGCAAGAGCACAGGAACAGCAGCACAUACAUUUAAUAAAUCCAGAUUUUAUGAAGAUGCAAAGAAGUGCCUCAAAUCCUACACAAAAGAGACAGAUAUGUAACAACUAAUAAAUUUAACCUUAAACCUCAUUUUCCAAUUAGAGUUUUAGUUCAGUUAUAGAAGAUAAAAUUCAUGCUGCAGAACAUUUUUACACUUUACCAGCAUGUGAACUGUAGGGAUGCAAUCAAACACUUUGCUUAGUUUACUUUAAACUCAUUUACAAAGUAAUAAAGCAUCUCAUAGGGGUACUAAUUAAGUGACUUCAUUUAUGAUCAACAUACAAACAUCACAAUUAACCCAUCAAAGAUGAUUUGCAUUUAAACUGAAAAAUCUUUGUGGAUUUUUUUUUUUUUGGUCCUCUAUUUCAUUGAGGAGCGAGUUGUUUCGUUUAGGACACAUGCACAGCCAGAGGAUUCUUAAUGACAUUUCCUGGUGGAGGAAAUGUCAGAUUCUGUCCAAAGCAGCAGUCGAUAGAACACACAUAACACAGAUGAGCUGGUGUUCAUCUGGAUGGAGUUACAGAAGUAGUCACAUCAAAAUUUGAGAGCAAGUAAAAUCACCUUUUUCCUCUAAAGUUACAACAUCCAGCAGGACAGCUGCACACAGCAUCUUUGACAUUUAACAUUUAAAAUAAAAUAAUUUUGAAUGAU